AUUAACAGAAAAUCUACGCAGCACUUUAUUUAGGUCUGCAUAUUUGAAAUAACGCGAGAUUUCAGUGAUAAUGUAGGUAGGUCACGUGAGGAAAGCCUGGAAGAACCAAUAUGGCGGUCGUGCAAAAGCCAGAGACAAUGAACGGUGAUAUCCAAGAUUACACUCCAGGACCGCCCAGAGACGACGUAAAUGAAGCGGCAAACUUGCAAGAUCAGAUUCAUAACAUACAGAAAGUGAUUCGACUGACCAAAGAAAACUUGGAGGCUCUAAAUGCCACCUUCGGCAAACAUCAGAAUCCAGAUCCCAUGUACAUUCAAGAGUAUGAAGCAUUAGCAAACAAAAUCCAUGAAUUACAGGAGAAAGAAUCUCACUUGAUGACAUGUUAUGAACAGAUAUUAUACAAUGAACGAGAGUCUCCGACAGAUGCCACCCAGGAGCAGGAAGGCCCCCUCAAGACCCCUACUCCUAUCCUGCUUGGGUCGACGCAGGGGAACAACCUACAGACUGCAGGCCUUGCUGCCCAGUCCAGUCCCAAAGCACUACGGGCAGGCCAUGUCAAGGCCUAUCUUCCUGACGAACAAGUCACCUCUGCGCGUGUUGAACCAGGAAUUAUUCUUAAAGAAGCUUUGAAGAAAGCCAUGUCAAGACGAGGCUUGGAGGCUGAGAAAUAUGAAGUAUAUGACAAUAAAACAAAAAUGCCAAUAUCUUGGGACAUAGACAUGGCUAACCUUGGCCCAGGCCGAGAGUUACGUGUUCAAUUAAAACGAGGACAACCUUCCUUGUUUAUGCAUAAUAUUGUUAGAAAGACCUAUUUCUUUUUAACGUUUUGUGACGGAUGCGGGAAGUCGCUAUUCCAGAGUCUAAUGUGUAAGACGUGCAACAUCAAGUUCCACCAGCGAUGUAUCAACAGAGUCUCGUUUCUGUGUCCCUGGAUUGAUGCCAUCGAUAUACAUAAGCCUUUACCUACUGUGGAUGUUGAAAAUACAUAUUAUAUUCGAAACCGAAAUCCGGCAAUGUCGAGUAACCAUCGUAACAAGCCAACUCCACCUCUUGGUCACAGAGAGCGUUCUACGUCCGCUCCCAAUGUUUGUCUUAUAAAUGUUGGUGACGCGUCGGUGGCUGAGUUUGGAGAAGUGUUUGACCCACAAAGUAUUGCGUCAUCAAAUAAAAUACAGGGCUUCGAUAGAUAUGUAAAUCCAGCGAUAGUCGCAGCAACAGAACCCAUUAUCCGUGUGAACCAUUCCGCUCACAGUCCUCCAAAUAGUACCCCGGACUCUCCAACAAACUCCGGUGUCCAUCACCAAAAGUCCAGCUCUACAGAUGUGGACCGCAGGAUCAGGCGCCACAGGCGAGACUCCAAUGAGGACUGGGAGAUCCCCGCAGAGGACAUCCAGAUGGGACCACGGAUAGGGUCAGGGUCCUUCGGAACAGUAUAUAGGGGAUACUACCAUGGCCACGUGGCCAUUAAACGGCUCAACGUCACAGAUCCAACACCUCAACAACUUAAGGCUUUCAAAAAUGAAGUGGCUGUUUUAAGGAAAACAAGUCAUAUGAAUAUACUACUAUUCUCCGGCUGGACAUCACGGCCCCAGCUGGCUAUCAUCACCCAGUGGUGUGAAGGUUCAAGUCUCUACAAACAUUUACACAUUACAGAAAAUCGCUUUGAAAUGGUAACACUAAUGGAAAUCUCUCGACAGACAGCACAAGGCAUGGAUUAUCUACAUGCAAAGUCAAUUAUCCAUAGAGAUUUGAAGACCAACAAUAUAUUUUUAACAGAUAAUUUGACAGUAAAGAUAGGUGACUUUGGUCUCGCCACUGUGAAAACCCGGUGGAGCGGUUCUCACCAAUUUCAACAGCCCACCGGUUCAAUACUAUGGAUGGCCCCGGAGGUAAUACGCAUGAAAGAGGCCAACCCCUACACAAACCAGUCGGACGUCUACGCAUAUGGCAUCGUCCUCUAUGAACUGAUGACAGGCCAGCUACCCUACUCAAAUAUCAAUAACAAGGACCAGAUCCUGUUUAUGGUGGGUAAAGGCUACCUGAAGCCAGACAUCUCCAAGACACGGUCAGAUACCCCCAAACGCUACCGGAUGUUAAUGCAGGAGUGCUGUAAAUUUGACCGAGAGCAGAGACCUCUCUUCCCACAGAUACUGUCUGUAAUGGAGUCUAUUGUGUUAUCACUACGUAAGCUGCGUAGGAGUGCGUCGGAGCCAACACUUAAUCAAUCCCAGUCCGAGGACCUAGACUUAAUGUACUUCUGUGCUUCUCCUAAAACACCAAUCAACAGUCAGUACCCGCAGUUCUUCUUCUCCACGGCACAUAAUUAAUACGUAUAUAUACAGUGUUGUGUUGCCAGAACGUUGCCAUAGCGGUUAGCUUCUAUCACCCUGCUGCUAUUCUACUAUAUAUAAACAACCAAUGCAACUAUUGGUUCUCGUGUCAGAGGAUGGAAGGAUUAUAUAUAUAUAUAUCUGUGAUAUGGAGGGGAGAUUUUGUCGGCGUGGUUAUCUACGUCAGCAGCCAGACUAUUGUGCUGUCAUGAUUGGCAGAUAGGGGCAAAAGACUGAGGGGUCUAGCUGAGGACACACCCACUUUUGAGAAGGGUCACAGUUCACUGUUAAGGUCAGACUUUAUGAUGCAGUGCCCUUGGCCAUGUGACCUAGACCCCAGAUCCCUCCACAUGUGGCGCUCAUCAAGCGACGAUCAGCGAUGGAGAAGUGGUACAUUCCCUACUGUGCUAGCCACUAAGGACUGGUUUAUAUUCCCUACUGUGCUAGCCUGUCUCUCGGCUGGUCAAUAUUUUUCUGUGCCAGUCUGUAUGGACUGGUACACUUCUCGUGUGCUAGCCUAAGGGCCGAGACAUUCUGUAUUUUACUAGCCUAUAUUGGCUGAUGGAAUCCCUUCCGUGCUUUGGCAUACGUGAAGUCUGAAUGCUAAAUAAUAAAGGCAAGAAUUUUAAAUAUAAAAUGUAGUGUUUUUCAAAAUAAAUAAUGAAAAACAUUUUUUUUCUUGCUAUUAAGAGGUGACAGACUUGAGACACAUGUGCUUUAGUUGCCUGCUGUCUAUAAAGACUGGUACAAGCCUAUCACAGGCUGUGUCAGAAGGAAGGUGUCCCCGAGUCAUAGUAACCCAGCAUACCUGACUCUACGAUAGACUUGUGAACAUUACUGAUAUAAGUGAUUCCAUUCAUUCUCUUACACUAACUUAUGAAUUAUUGCCUCCAAGAGGAAUGUACUAGUACUGUUUCUGCCAAUUAGACUAUGAUUAUGUAUAAGCUGGUGACCUCUAAGAGGACUUGAUCGGUGUAGUCUGUGUGUGAUGCACACAUGUAGGCACUGUGUAGCUUACUGUGGAAGGGCAUACUGUGAGUGGAGGGCAGACAUGUGAUGUGAUCUUAGACAUGAGGGCAUUUGUAUGAAUGUCAGUAUGUUGUGUGGGCAGGAGGAGUGAAAAUGAUGAAAAUUUGGUCCCAAAAGAAAUGCUUGUUUGUACACAUGGUGCAGGAUGGGUGAAAAUACUGAACAUUUUGUCCCCCUUUGUAGUGUUUGUAUUUGUGUACAUUUGGGAUGGAUGAAAAUAAGAUGGAAAAAAAUUUGUCUGAAAUGUUGUUUGUGUGUUGUGGUUGGCAGGAAGGGUGAAAAUGGAGAGACAUAUGUCGCAAAUGUUAUGUUUGUGUGUUGUGGUGGAGAGGAAGGAUGAAAACACAGACACUUGGCCAAAAUGCUUUAAUUGUGUGUUGUGGUGGGCAGAAAGGAUGAAAAGGUAGAGAUCCUACCUCCAGUGUGAAGCCAUAAACAAAUUUGCACUUGUGAGUCUAUUGAUUUCUAAAUAUUGACAACAUUGAUGUGAAAAUCUUAGGCAACCACUCAGUAUUUUAAGUACAUCUUAAAUUUCUAACUGUGAUCAGUAUACAAAAGCAUACCCCUUGCAAAAGAGAAUGUUUUUCUUAUGGUGUUCUAAUUUUAGCAAUAUUGCUGUGAAAAAUACAGCCUGCAAAAUUAAUAGGAAAUUCAUUUAUCCAUCCCUACCAUAACACUUCGUGCAACGGCCGCUAAACCUGAAAUCUGUUUGCACGAAAUUUACAUUUUAUCAAUUCUGUGAAAAUUAAGAACCACAAUUUUUUUGUUUUGUUUACAGUCAUCUUACAAUGCUUCAUGUUACUGUAUGGGCACUGGAUUUUUGUUGGUUUAACGAAAAAAAUUGGAUUGUAUAUUAAAAAUAAAUCAAUAUAGGACUUCUAUUGUUAGUUAGCUUCUGUCAACAUUUUCAUCAAAGUAAAAGUACCUAGUUUGCACCAGGACAUCUAAUGGAUAAUGUUGUUUUCUUCACAAAAUGAAGUCUGGGACAGAUUGUAAUGGACCACAGGGUUUAAAUGAUUUUGUAUAUAAACAGCAAGUUAGAUAUACUAUUAACAAGGGGACAACCUGGCCUUGAGCAGUCAAGGAAAGUGCCCUGUGAAAUCUUAAGCUAGCAAAUUUUACAUUCUGAUGCAUUGUUUCCUUCCCAAAAAGUAGUGCUUUCCCAUCGUUACCGAGUUUCGAACAUUUUCGGGGAAACCAAACAUAGGCGUGAGAACAAAUGUAGUCUGGUUUUAUAUGGAAGUUGAGGAGUUCGUCGUGACCUGUGUACCAGACUUUACCAAAGUCCCGGAGAACUCAGUUAUAUAUUGAUAAACUGUCCGGCAGAAUCGCCAUAUUCUCGGAAUAUAUAUUUAUGAAAGGACUUUGGGGUAUUGGUCAUCAAAAUGCCAUUGGUUAUGCUGGAUAUUUAAUGUUGCUGUUGUGAAAUAAAACAACUAUUAUUUCUUUCUAAAUCAAUUUGUAUUUGCUUGAUAUAAAUUUGGUUUGUAUACUGUCUUCAAUUUGAUUGAAGACAGUAUACAAACCAAAUUAAUAUCAAGCAAAUUAUUGAAAUUAAUAAUGGAUUCAGAUAAUUUGUUGAGAAAAAUAUGCAUGUAUGUAAUGGUGACUGAGUCUGAGAUGAGAAUGUUUUGGUGUGGUCUUUACAAAAUAAAACUGACACAUCUACUCAGCUCAUAUUCAUAUGUAAUUGUUUCAAUAGAUAAAAACAAGAUGAAAUAUUCUAUCGGUGUGAUUUUGAUGAGCCUGCUAAAUUUUGAAAAGGACAUUGCAUUAUCUCCCUUAGAAAAGAUAGAAUAUUCUUUUAAUUCUUUUAUGUCGGCAGAUAUAAAAUUUCAUAAAUUAAUCUCAUAAGAAAUAGUACAUUAAUGAAAACACUUCUGAAACUGUCAAAAUUCUGAAGAUUCCUGUAAGUCUAACUAUAAUUGUAGAAAAGAGGAUGUUAUUUAUCAGUUAUUAGUGAGGCACGGUAGUCUAGUGGUAGGACGCUGGGCUCGUGACCAAAGGGUUGCGGGAUAGAGUCACGACACGGCACUG